GGCAGGGUUCGUCGUUGUUUCUAGUUGUUGCUGUUUGUUGUUAGUCUUAGGUUAGGUUUAGGUUAGGGUUCAAGUCCGUAACUGGAGUACAGCCACGAGCCUGUGGAUCAUGCUGCGCAGGCUCCGAGCCCUCCUGGCUAGGCGGUCCAGCCGAGUGGCCCCCCUGGCCGCCCCAGGGGAGUCUGCAGCCUCCAGGCCAGCUGCCCCCCGGAGGUGGUGGGUCCUGUGCGGCCGCACCAACCGGGUGGGCCCUGCUCCUUCGCUGCCACUGGUUGGGGGCUGCAGCCGGCCAGAGCCAGCCGAGCCCCCUGUUGAGGAUGCUGGAGCUCCAACACCCAGCAGCAUCAUCAAGGCCAGGCUCCGCCUUGUGGAUAAGGCCAGACCGGAAAGUGAAGAAGAAGGGAAGGACCGGAGGGACCGGGUCACGUUCCUGAAGACCCUGAUCGAGGCCUGCAGGAACAGCCUCCAGAGAGGGGAACGCCGCCUUGCCUUCUCAAAGGGUUUGGCAGCCCAGGCCGUGCUGGAGGAGAUGGAGUAUACCUGGGAGGACCCCCUGCCUCCCUACCUCUUCUCCCUCUGCGCGGAGGCUCUCACCUUGCUGAGUCGGAUGAAGCCCUGCUUCUGCCAGAGCAGGGAACAUAAAAUCAUCUCCGGCUGCCUGUUCUGGAUGAGCGUGAUGCCAGAGCAAGGGCCACAGCAAGACCAGGAGGACCUGUUUCUGCCACCUGAGGAGGCCCUGCAGGGCCUGCUCAGAGCCCUCCUUUCUCAAAGGCCCAGCCUGGAGCACCUCAUCCAUAUCACUGAGGCCAUUAAUAGUGAAGUGGAGACCAAAGACGAGCAGGAGGAGGCGGUGGCAGAAAGGGCUGGCUGUUUGCUGCUUGAUCUGGCGACUGGGCCGCCCUUCUACUUUGAGGCAGAGAAGAUCAAGCCCCUGCUGCCCUUUGCGGUUCUUCAGGUGUGGAGGAUGGCAGCCCAGGCCAAAGACCAAGACAGCACUUCAUCUAGUGAAGAGGACCUGCUCCAAGAUGUUGAGUUCUGGGAUGACUGAGGGCAAUCAGCUCAUGGACACUGGACAAGCUUGUGGCCAAAAUCAGGUGGGGAUGCCAUUUCUCUUGCUCCCUUUGGGAACGCCAGCCCAGAAUCUGCCGCCAUUUCUCAGGGAUGGGGAGGUUCCUCUGCCCUUUUCCCAAGCCCUGCUCUCAUUGCAGAUGCUCCAGGGCCUCUGUAUGGAAGAGAAAGAGGGAGGAGCUGGAGGAGCUUACUCCCCUCCUGACCUCUCUGGCCCAGAGCCCUUGCCAUCAACAUAGAGGAUUCCCUCUAAGAAUUUCUUUGCCUGAUAAGGCAAGGGCAUGUGCUGUUGAGACCGUGACCUCGUUCCCACAGCUGGCCCCCACGGAUUCAUCCACACAGCGUCAUCUCAUCUUCUUUCCCAACCCAUGGACUUCUUCCUGGCGAGGAAUGUGGUUUUUACUUCCAUCCAUGUUGUUGGUUAGAGGAAGUUACAGCCCUACAUUCAAGAACGGGAAACAAGAAGUGCCCGAGAAACAGCCCACACGGUCCAUAGAAGGGAGAGAGAAAUCUAAGCAAGCAAAAAUCCAAAAAUAUUCUAAAAAACAGGAAUGAGUAAGUCUUUUCAGUUCCUUUAGAACCUCGAAUACAUUUGUUCCUCUGGCAGACAUCUCACCAGGGAGAACUAUUUCUGACUCUAUCCCUAAAUUAGGUUCUGUAACUGAGAGAAUGGAAGCACCAAAUAAUAAUGCUGAGAUCGGGAUAUCCUUGCCCACAGCAAACAAUUCUCAAGCACAAGUAGGAGGCUCUCUAGAGGCUUUGUUUAACAAUGCAGAUUCAUCGUCUAUCUUGAGGGACUCUCCAGAUCCUUCUGGAUUAGAUACUGCUACAAAUGAGGUUUAUGACCAAGUUAGAUCUGCUUUUUCAGGUUCAUCUGCCUCCUUCUGCCUCUUGACAGCUGAAACAGUGAUAAUCAUCAGUCAGGUUUCUAAUCAAUCGGAAACAAUUUAAAGGAUUUGAAAGGAUCAAGGGAGAGAGGGAAGCACCAAAUGAUCCUACUGAUUUAAUUCUAAAACCAUCAUACUUGCUGCAGGGGGGAAGAGAUUUCUCCCUUAAAACCACCGGUGUCGAAAAACCAGAGAAAUGAUAGAAACAUUCUUCAACAGUGAUGCUAAAGGAGGAAUUGACACAAUUCUCUGAAGCAAGACCCCAAGUCAAUUUCUUAGAUCUAAAGUCUCAUCGGCCAUAGGUGGAUAGAAUUUUCAAAAUUGGGAUCAUCUGGAUCCCAUCCAUGAACAUCACAAAGUGAUCCUUGACCCGGAGUUUAUGAAACAGGCAACAUGACUACUGCUUGAAAAGGAUUGUGAGGCCCCUGCUUUUAGGCUGAUUGAAUGUGAAGAAGCUCUACGGAGUAAUGAAGUGAAACAGGUUAAAUCAGAAGGUCACCCUGUGGUUGAAAUUGGUGACCAAAAUGUGUGUCUUCUUGACUCAUUUACAGUGGGUAUUGGAAAGAAUCACCCCCUUUGAUAGACCUUAAAUUCUGGUUCCCUUACAUCCUGAAAUGAAAACACAAAGAAAAUUCCCUUCACCAGCUGUACUUAUCCAAUGCAACCUAUAACAUCCAACUGAAAAACAUCACAAUUACAGUCCAGAAACAGUGUCAGAAAUAAAAAACAAGAAUUACUGAGAUUGAAAAAGGAUCACCCCCCCAAUGUCAAUAUUUUGCUGAACCACCUUUUGCUUUAAUAACAGCCUUGAGUCUGUUGGGAUACUUCUCUAUCAACCUUGCACAUCGAGACGGAGCAAUAUUUGCCCACUCCUCCAUACAGAACUGUUCAAGUUCGGUCACAUUGGAUGGUAGGUGUUGGUGGACUGCUAUCUUCAAAUCUCUCCACAGAUUUUCUAUGGGAUUUAGGUCUGGGCUCUGACUGGGCCACAUGAGGACGUUCACUUUCUUCUCCUACAGCCACUGUGUGGUCAAUUUUGCUGUGUGCUUCGGAUCGUUGUCAUGUUGAAAGGUGAAUCUUCUGCCCAUCCUCAACUGUCUGGCAGAGGGUAGCAGGUUUUCUUCCAGAAUCUGACGGUAUUUUGCCCCAUCCAUUUUUCCUUCUACCCUAACGAGAGCCCCAGUCCCUGAGGCAGAGAAACACCCCCACAACAGGAUGCUGCCACCUCCAUGCUUCACUGUAGGUAUGGUGUGUUGUGGAUGGUGAGCUGCGUUGGAUUUACACCAGUUGUACUGUCAGUUGAGGCCAAAUAGUUCAAUCUUGGUCUCAUCGGACCAUAAGACCUUUUUCCAUUUGGCAUCAGAAUCUUCAAGGUGCCUUCUGGCAAAGCUCAAACGAGCUUUAAUGUGGCCUUUCUUGAGAACUGGCUUUCUCCUUGAGACCCUCCCGAACAAGCCACUUUUUUUCCACAUGUUCACUGAACCCUUUAAGUUCAACACCAUUGGAAAGACAGCAUUUGUGGUCUCAACCUUCGUUUGAGGCAAUGGAGGUGAUUCUGUUGGAUUGAAUGGACUCCCUCUGUCAAUUACAAGUUCAGAAGAACCAGCACCCAAUAGAGAAGGAACUGCAAUUCAUCAUUUGGACGUAAUUAAGUGACAUGUAACAUCUGUGAGAUCUGAAAGGCUUUUGUCUUUGAUAACAUGGAGUAUGGCUGGUUGGAGGUCUAAGAUUAAGGAUGUCUCCUUGAUGGAAUCGAUUUCAGAUUCUGAUUUUGUGAUGCUCCAGGAAACAUGGUUGGAUGAAGAGCUUAGUCUAGAUGGUGUUAUCUCUCUCUCUCUCCCUGAAUGCUGUUCCAGGCGUAGGGAGAGGAAGAUGAUGUGGUGGGUGAAGCUGGUUGGUCUCCACUGCUCUUCAAGCAACAUUUGCUCUUAGCAAAAAUAUGUCAUUUGUCCCUACAAUCAGACUCUGUACCAGAGGACUGGGAAGUAGUUAACAAAAAAGGACCCGGUGGCGGGGGGACCUGGAAAACUACAGGCCGGUUAGCUUAACUUCUGUGUUGGGUAAAUUGAUGGAAAGCAGGCUUAAGAGCAAAACUGGUUAAGCACCUAGAAGAACAGGCCUUGCUGAACCAGCCUGGCUUCUGUAAGGGCAAGUCUUGCCUCACUAACGUUUUGGAGCUAUUUGAGAGUGUCAACAGCAUGUGGAUAAAGGUGAUCUGGUUGACAUAAUGUACUGGGGCUUAGCGGUCAUGGGAUAAGGGGAAAGGUUCAUGUGUGGAUUGGUAACUGGUAGGGCUGGGAAAGACCCCUGUCUGAAAACCUUGGAGAAGCCACUGCCAGUCAGUGUAGACAAUACUGAGCGAGAUGGACCAAGGGUCUGACUCCGUGUACGCCAGCUUCCUAUGUUCCUAUGACACUUAAGCCUGGUUUUAAUCAGUUACUGUUGUGUAAACCUACAGUCCCUUGAACACACCCUGGCAAAUGAGUGUCAUCUUUUCCAGUCUCUUCUCUGACUCU